AUGCCGAUCCGCCGCCUGGGCGCUUCGGAUUUUCGCGGAGUCCGCGAGCGCCGCUCCGGCGCCUUCUCCGCCGAGAUCUGGUUUCGCGAGAAACGUCUCGUCCUCGGCACCUUCGACACUGCAGAGGAGGCGGCCCGCGCGCACGACGCGACGGCGUGGCGCCUCCUGAGGCCUCGACGGGAUAUGAAUUUUCCCAACAUGUCGAGCCAGCGGGCGCAGGAACUGGCGCCUCUCCCACGGCUUUUCACCGACGAGGAUCGUCGUGUCCACCGAAGGCGGCAGCGUCGCGUCGCCAUCGUAGAGAAGGACGUGGAAGCCUUGGUGGUGUGGCGCGGAGGCUUCCCACAGGACAUCGUCGACGAGCGCCAGUUCUACAAGCAAUUGAGAUCGGAGAGGUACGCGAGGAGGAGGGAGCGAGCCGCCUAUCGGAAGGACAAAGCGUUCGCGGAAGCAGGCAGCUCAAUUGAAACUGAAGCUACGAGAAACGUCGGGUUGGGACUUUGA